GACACUGUUGUCCAUCCACACAGAUCUGAGAAAUCCGGUAAAGUUCCUCUCAGUCCAGGAAACAGAAAGAUUUAUUCUCCACUUCAGGCGACUUUUAAAGGAUCUUCGGCGAUGGAUAAAUUAAAAUCGGUUCUAAGUGGUGAGGAGGCGCGCAGAGAUGACAGAACCAUUUUAGAGACUGUGAAUGAGGCCUCUACUUUGGGCUGGGGGACACGUUUGAAGGGCUUCGUCGCAUGUUUCGUUGUGGGAGCCGCUUGCACAGUCUUGGGAGUUUGUGUGCUGUUUCUCCCCAGGAUCGGUCUCACGCUCUUCAUCGUAUUUUACACUUUUGGAAACAUAUGUGCUCUGGGCAGCACAAUGUUUCUGAUGGGCCCAAUGAAGCAGCUGAAAAGGAUGUGUGACAAAACCAGAGCGCUGGCCACCACGAUUAUGAUUACAUGUCUCGUGUUGACUCUCUGUGCAGCCUUCUGGUGGAAGAACUUUGGACUUGCUUUGUUAUUUGUCAUCUUGCAGGUCUUGUCAUUUACCUGGUACAGUCUGUCGUACAUCCCCUGUGUGAGGGAGGCGAUCAUGCGGAUGGUGGCAGUCUGCUUGAAAUGAUUCCUGAGUUUGUGGUGAACUUUGAUUGAGGCUAUAUGAAGUGUUUUUUAGAAAAAGGGGCAGGUCUCUUCCUGAAGUUACUGAAACAGCCUCUAUAUGGUUCUGCUGCAGAGAGUCUGUGACUCUUCCUGCUGCACAGCCCUCCUGUUUGUAGGUGACAAAGACACUUUUCACCUCUAAAGAUGUUUACUUGUUUAUGCCUUGUUAAUUGAGCUGAUUGAUUUCUGGUUUUGAAUCUACUGAUCACUUCAGUUUAAGACAGUUUUAAUGAUUGUGGCCAUUGUUUGUAAUAUGUGUAAAUAUCUGCAAUAAAUGAAUGUUUUAAAGGUUUUGUAAAAGAA